AUGGAUGGAAGAAAUGAUGCUGCAAUUGCUGCUGCCUUGAAGGCUAUGGCUCAGACUAUGCAGAAUCAACUUAACGCUGCGAGGAAUGAGGCAAACUGUAACUUGAACACGUUUCAGAGGGAGAACCCGCCUACCUCCAAGGACAGACAUGAUCCUGAUGGUGCACAUGCUUGGCUCAAAGAGAUUGACAGGAUUUUCCAGUUGUUGGAUUGCUCUGCGAAGCAGAAGGUAUGGUAUGGUACUCAUAUGUUAGCUAAGGAAGCUAAGGACUGGUGGCUUAGCAUUCGCCAGAGAUUGGAGGCUGCAGGUGAAGUCAUCACUUGGGUUUUUUUCAAUAGGGAGUUCCUGAGGAAGUAUUUUCUAGAGGAUGUUCAGGGUAAGAAAGAGAUUAAGUUCCUUGAGCUGAAAUAA